AUGUUAUGUCAAGCUGUGCUGACGUCGAUACUGGUUCACGUCAUAGUGGGUUUAAGUCAAGAUGCUCUCCAGUUUGGGAUUGAGUACUUUCAGUACAGAGGGUUGAAGUUUAUUUGUAUUAUGACAUGUGAUAAAGAUUUCAGUUGGACUGUUCAAUACUCAAAGGCGUCACAAAAUCUCUCUAUGGCGAUAUCAGGCGUGUCAAUAGACAGCUCUGUGAUAGAUUACAAUAGAGUCGAGAAUUGCUUGCAAAGGAAAUUGCACCCUAUUGGCGUUAUCGUAGAUGCUGAUUGUGGAAGCACUGAGGAUGUUAUGAACUUUUUCAAUCUACAGGCUUCCCAAAACAUAAUAUGGUUGGACUCAAAUCACAAAUGGCUCCUUAUAGACGAUGACGAAGCUUAUACAUGGUGUAAUGAUACUUACGACACUGAGUCCGACGUGAUCAUGACUGGCUGUGGUAAUGGGAGCUUGAUUGAAAUGCUUCAGCAUUUGAAUAUCAGCGUGGAUGCUGAUAUUGUGACGGCUUAUAGAGAAGACACAAAAUACAUACUCCAAGAAGUGUAUAAUUUUGGCAAAGUACAAGGAGGCGAUUUAAUUAUUCAUGAAAUCGGAUCCUGGGAUCCUGAUAAUGGUUUUAAUUUGUGUAUAGAUUUGAACGAGUACAAAUAUUAUAGGCGAUGGGAUUUCCAAAAUAUUUCCAUGAAAAUGAUUUUAGUUGUUCAACCAGUACCUCAUCAUUUUGACCCAGAAUCGUUACUAGGUCUGGAAACAGUUCCCGGGGUCGCCAUGAUUACACAAACCUCUGCCACCGUUCUAUAUGCAGUCGCUAAGAUGCACAACAUAAGCUAUGUUCCCACCCUCACUGAUAGAUGGAUCGGUACGUACGAAAACAAUGCUACUAGAGUGGUAUCAAAUACUCUAUACUUCCGAGAGCAAGAUCUGUCACCAGUAAUACGUAUGGCCUUGGUUCAAGAAAGAACUGAUGUCCUACUUCCCCCAUUAACGGCUAUUGAAACUAGAUACUACUACCGUAUACCCACAAUUGGUCCUGGAAAGUUCGAAAACCAAUUUCUCAGACCCCUGAGCCCCACAGCAUGGUGGAGUGUGAUUGGAGUCUCAGGAUUAUGUGCUGUACUGCUGCUACUCUCUGCUUUGUUUGAACACCGUCCAUCUUCUGUGCAGUAUGCUAUCUUCUCUGUCGUGGCUUCUAUUUGUCAGCAAUUCUUCCAAGACAUUGAUGAUGGUGGAACAAAGAGAAUUUCAACAGCUCGAAAAGCCACAAUCCUGGUAACUGGUCUCUCCUGUGUACUCUUAUACAACUACUACACCAGCUCCGUGGUCAGCUGGUUGUUGAACGGCCCACCACCUUCCAUCAACUCCUUGAAGGAACUGCUGGAGAGUCCACUGGAACUGAUCUAUGAAGAUAUUGGAUAUACCCGGUCUUGGUUGCAGACUCCUACGUACUACUUCAAUGGAAAGAACGCUGCAAUAGAAGACGAGGUGCGAAAGAAGAAAGUGUUUAACAAGAAGAAGGAUGCUCCCUUACUAGUACCUCUGGUGCAAGGGAUAAAGAUGGUGCAGAAUGGAGGUUACGCUUACCAUACAGAAGUAAACAGCGCCAAUGCUAUGAUAUCCAGAACAUUUACUCAAAGCGAUCUUUGUGAACUAGGAUCUCUCAAGUCCAUGGAGAAGACGGUGCUGUACCCAUGUCUACAGAAACAUAGUCCGUACAAGGAGUUUAUGACUUGGAGCCUUAUGCGUCUCUCAGAGCAAGGCAUAGUCUCCUGCAUUCAGAUCAGAAGAUCAUCAUUCGAAGUCAAAUGUGAAGGCAGUUCCCCUCGACCCCUUGCAUUAGGAGGAGCAGCACCAGCGUUCAUACUCCUUGCUGGAGGAUAUAUAUUGGCUACUAUCAUCAUGCUUGUUGAAAGAGUAAUUUUCAAAAUGAAGCAUGUUAAUGAUAUUCCAAUUUGA